CAAACACGAUUAACAUAAAUGAAUAAUGUGUUUUCUGCCACCGAACAAACGGGAAACUACUCGUACUUCAAUUACGCGUACUUUCACUAGUACGUGCGAGGUGCGGUAAACGAGGGACUGGUAAAACAGGCACGAUUGUCAUACUGACUGUGUUCUGCAUGGAGACGUAACUGUGUUUGGGGGUGUCUGGGACCCCAAAAUCAUCCACCCUUGCGAACAACGUUGUUAAAACAUUACCGUUGAAGGAGUUACUAAGUGUUCAAGUUAGUAUUACGAAUUAUUUUAAACGUAACGUUAGGAUUGUGGGUGUUAAAUAAAAUGGCAGCACAUCAACAAAAGUAUAAAGAGAAGAAAUUCGGCUUCGGAGAUGCAAACGAAAACCGAUUUAUUCGAACUGAGAAACACGAAGAAUUGCGUAAAAAACAAAGAGAUAAGGUUUUCAAUCAAAACAGAAAUAUUUCAACUUCUAUAACUAAUAAACCAGGGAAUAAGGGAGUGGAAACAGCGUCUGUGAACCGAGACCGUGAGACUAGGUUAAUGAGAUGGAAAGAACAACGCGAGAAACGCAGGCUUGAACAAAUGAAGAAAAGACCACCUUUUAUAGUUGGGAAGGUUCGUCAUAAGAUAUAUUCUCCAAUAUGUAAUGUCCAAACUGUUGUCCCAAGUACAGCUCAUCAAAAGAUACAUAAACAAACUGCACUCAAACUAAUUGCAACAAAACCAAUUGUAUCUCCACCAAAACGAAUUACAAGAGCAACAGAGAAAAGAUUAAGGAAUAAGAUGCUUGUACAAAAAACAGUAACUGAUUUAGGUAAAACUCUACCAUCAAUAAGUAAAGAACAAAAGACUGAAAAAAAACAAUCUUUUGCUCCUGAAAAUUAUAAAUUUAAAGCUUUAGCAGGAAUGUCUGGUGUAUCAUUAUUUGGUAAAGUAACUGCACAAGAUAUAUCUACUAGCAAGAGUGAAUUCAUGUCUACAUCCAUAACAAUGGAUAGUAAAAAUAGUAGAACAGAAUUUAUUAAGGAAAUAAAUAAUGGUAGAAAAGACAGUACACCAAAAAUUAACAGACUAAAAGAAACAGACCAUUCAAUGGAUAGUUCGUUAGAACCUGUAUCAUUAAAAUUAUCAUUAGAUGAUAUGUUUACUUGUUCUAAUGAAAACGAUGAUGCCAACAAGGUAGAAAAACUAAAUAAUAGUGUUGCAGAAACAUUUUCAUCAAAGCAUGCAUCAACACCAAAUGAUUCUUCAAGUGAUUUAUUGUUCUUUUCGCCAUAUGUAAUUUCUAGUCGCGGCAAAAGCAAUGCUAGAAAAGAGCAACAGAUAAAACGUGGAUUUAGUCUUAAUCGUUCAAAAGGCGACGAUAUUCCCACAAAGGACACUGUUAUGAAAACUUUAAAUAUUUCGGCUGAAGAGGAAGAACGUACUGCCCAAUACUUCAGGUUUCUCUUAAAUAGAGAAACAGAUAGAUUAAAUGAAUUCUGUGAAAUGUGGACAGAUAUCAAAGAAGUUGACACAACCACUGAAGAUGGGCAGUAUGAAAUUAAUCAAACCAUUGGGCAAACAAAUUUGUUGAUGAACAAAAAAUUUCAACGAUUUCGGAAAUUAGUUGCUGACUGUGAAACAGGAAAAGGAGAAAUGUUAGUCACCUGCAAAGAUUUGCAAGGCUUCUGGGAUAUGAUGUACAUCGAAGUAAAAGAUUGCGAUGCAAGAUUCGAACGUUUAGAGAAACUUCGUUCAAACAACUGGAUUGAAGAACAAACUUCUUUUCCUAAGGCCAAGCCUGUUAAAAAGAAAAAUGUCACAAAGAAGAAACCUCUACCUACAAAAGAAAGUUCAUUAAGAGCCUUUUUGGCACAGAAGAAAAAGAAUAUUGCACAGAAAACAGACCGAUAUCCAAAUAAUAUGAUCGAAAAUAAUGAAAAUAAUCCUGAUAUUUCAAAUAAAACAAGAACGUCCUUCGCACCGGUUAGCAAGAAGAAAACGAGUUUAAGUCUACUGGAAAAGUCACGAUUCUCUAUAACAUCACAAAACGUUAACAAUCCAUUAACUGUAAUAAAAGUCAGUCAGAUGUGUAAAACACCAGAUGUUCAAUUGGAUAACACAAUAUCUUACAUCAAUUCCAAUCAAACACCAGGAAAGGGUAUUUUGAAAGCAACAAAAAAUAUGAGCGAAGUAAAGCCUUCCGUAAAAUCAAGUAAAGUUAAUUUCGACGAUCAUGUUGUUUCAAAGGAACUACCAGUUGAUGAACAGUGUAAACUAAAAUCAGAUUUAGCUACGGCGUUGGAAAGAAUAGAUAGCUUUGAUUUCGAUAGUGCAGAUGAAGUAGUAAUUCAUGCAGAAAGAAAACUUAAUUUUGAUGACGAUAGUUCUGAAGCAUCUGAAGAAUCUGAUGAUGAUAGCAAACAAAAUUCUGAAUUAGCAGUUUCCAUAUAUAAGAAACUAACUAAAGUACCAUCUGUUAAAAUACAAACUGCAACUCCAUCAAAAUAUUCAGAAUUAGAUACGACCUACACACCAUCGCCAGAAAGAAAAUUAACUAGGCAAAAUGCUAUCGAUGAAAACGAUGAAGAUUUAAUAUUAGAUGUUACAUUAACACAACAUGAGGCAAUUGCAGAGAAUACAGAUUCCAAUACAUUCAAUGAAAAGACACCUAAACGGGUUUCUAUGUAUCACAAAGAAGAAACAAAUAGUCAUGAUGAAAGUGUAAGAGUUUUAAGAAAUAGAAUCAUUACUACAGUAGACACACCCAGACCUAGAAGAUCUUUCAGGAAAAUGUCUGUUGGUGUAGAAGACUCAGAAUACAAAGAAAAUAAAACUCCUAUGAAAGCAAGAAGGAAGAAUUAUGUUGAAGUUGCUGUUGAAGAUGAGAAAAUGAAUUCCAGUGAAAACGGCGAUAGACGAAAAUCUCGGCGAAGUGUAAAAUUUUCUGAAAAGGAUUGUGGAGGUUGUGUUUCAAGUAAACCGGUGCUUCCUAGGACUCCCCACGUUAAACGUAGAGUAAAGUCUGCUGAAAAGAAAAGAAGCAUAAUACCCGCAUAUGUUACAUCAUGGGAAACGUAACAUAUAUUAGUUUAUCAACUUAUUUUUUUAUUGUUAUAUUGUUCACAGUUCCAGUUUGUGUCAGAAGAUACCAAAAGUAAGAAAAUAGACCCUUUGAUUUGCAGCUUAAGCAAUUAACUGUAUGUAUAGUACGUAUGUGAUGAGUGAUAUAUUUUGUAAGUAUUAACAAAAAUAUUGUAAAUAUUGUACAAACUUCUAUUCCCUGGUUUAUUGA